AUGGCUGAGAAAUGUGAUGAUUUAGGGUUGAGUUUAAGUUUGAGUUUGGGAUGCCAAGAGAAUGAUAAUCCGCCGCCGCCACCGUUUCCGUUGAGUCUGAUUCAAUCUCCUAUGGAUUUCAUGCAGCCGCAGAACCAAAAGUCUUCAAGCACUGAUCCGUUUCAAUUAUCUGCUGAUCGGCAUGUUGAGGCUAGAUCGUUUCUCCGGGCGAUUGACAUGAAUAAACCGAUAACUGUAGCAGACCUUGAGGAAGAAGUGAUGGUUUCAUCUCCAAAUAGUACAGUCUCAAGUUUGAGUGGGAAGAGAAGUGAAAGAGAAGAGAAUGAGGCGGAGAGGGCCUCGAGUUCUAUGGAGGUGGACGAGGACGGUGGCGACGACACCGGGAGGAAGAAGCUUCGGCUGACUAAAGAACAAGGAGCGGUGCUUGAAGAGACUUUCAAGGAACAGAACACUCUCACACCGAAGCAAAAAUUGACUUUGGCGAAUCAGCUAAAUUUGAGACCAAGACAAGUGGAGGUGUGGUUUCAGAACAGAAGGGCAAGGAUUAGUAAGAGCACACAUGAAGAGAGUGGCGAAAAGAUCUAUGUGGACCCAACAUUUGUUAUAAUAGGGGUUGAUUAA